AUGAAGCGAUUCGCCCAAAAGUACAUGUAUCAUGGCGUCGAUGUCAUCGCUGUUCGGGACUUAGGCUUCUCUGUCUCUCGAUCAUCCAGCUCCGGUCAGCAGCAAACAGCGCGCACCGAGACCUCCUUCGCCACCCCCAACGUAUCCACCAGCACCGCGAACAUCAGCUCCCAACCAUCUUCUGGAUCUGGGCAUAAACGCGCUUCUUCCCCUGACCACCGGAAAGGACGCGACGAUGGACCUGGACGAGGAGGCGAUUACGGCCCAGGGUCAAAGCGGCAACGCCCGAUCUCGCCACCUCCGAGGGACAGGGAUAGAGACGGUGGCGGCGGUAGGGAUAGGUGGGAUGGACCGCCACGGAGACGACACAGUCCUCCACCGGACAGAGAUGUCAGGGGGCGUGACCGCGACCGUGAAGACGACAAGCCUUUACUGCCACAUGUCAUUCCGUGGUUCCUCGGUCAACUCCCUGCACCUUCCCAUUUCGACGGCCCCGUGUUCCGUACUGACGACUUGAUCACUCUGUUCCGGAACGCCGUAAUCCCUAGCACUGGACGCGCUCGCUCACCACCACCUGUGCCUCCACCAAGAGGAGGCGGGCGUCCUCCUCCAGAUUACAGCCCAUACACUGGUCCCGGAGGAGGUCGCAGCGGCGGCAGGAGAUAUUGA